CUCGCCCACCAUGGCCACCAUUGAGCAGUUCGUGGGAAGAUGGCGCCUGGUGGACAGCAAAGGCUUUGAUGAACACAUGAAGGAACUAGGAGUGGGAAUGGCGCUUCGAAAAAUGGGUACAAUGGCCAAGCCUGACUGUGUCAUCACUUGUGAUGGCAAAACCCUCACCGUGAAAAUGGAGAGCACUUUGAAGACCACACCGACUUCUUGUAACCCGGGAGAAAAGUUUGAAGAAACCACAGCUGACGGCAGAAGAACUCAGACCGUCUGCAACUUCACAGGUGGUGCUUUGGCUCAACCCCGGGAUGGGGAUGGGAAGGAGAGCACAAUAACAAGAACAUUGGAAAAUGGAAAAUUAGUGGUGGAAUGCAUUAUGAACAAUAUCACCUGUACUCGGACCUAUGAAAGAGCAGAAUAA